GUUUCCUUCUGGCUCUAUUUUGUUUUGUUUUAUUCAAAUCCAAUUUGGUAUAUAAAUAAUCAGCGAUUAAAAUGAAUUUCCCAAACGUGUGGGAAUUUAAACAAAAAUCAUCGCCGACAUGUCUACAAAAGUAUUCUUCUGAUAAUAGCACUGCGGUAAAAUUGUUGGCAAAUGUUCCGAUGGCAAAAAUGGUUUCAAUAACACUUCCGGAAGUAAACAUCACUGAGAUUGAAAGAAUUAUAAAAGAUUCAGAUUACUAUAGUUCAAAUGAUUUUCACAUAUCUUUGAUAAUGAAUAAAAACUUCAUCGAUGGUUUCCUCUUGAAUGGCGAUUUUUCAUGUUUACCAGAACAUCUUCCAGAAUUUGAUGAUUACGCAUACGUUUCUAACAACAAACUCUUCAUACGACUUUUUAAAGAUAAUUUUUGCAGCUGUAAUAAUGUAGAAAUUCAGAAGUAUAAAAUUCGAUGUUCUGGAGAUUUCAAUUAUUUUCAAAUAGAUCUACAAAACCCAAAUCUCAAUAUUUCAAAACUACAAGAUGAGGUAAAAAAUACUUUAAAAUCUUCCAAAAUGGUUUUCAUGUGGUCGCCUUUUGCUGAAAACAUUUGUUCAUCAUCAAUUGCGAAAUAUGUUUCUGAAUGUGGUUAUCAUGUGAAGAAAUGUAUUAAUAAUUUACUUAUUCAGCAUGAAUAUGGAUUGACGUUUCCCGAAUUAAUCGAAGAUCAACAUAGAAUGAUGGAAAUUUCGGAAUAUGCUGGAAUUUUAUUACUUAAAUGCAACAUUGAAGACAACGACUUGAGUUCGUAUUCUUUACCCGACGAUUGCAUUGAUGUUGGUAAAGGCAAAACCAUUUGUUGUAAAGGUAGCAUCAGCAGAUAUUACAUAGAAAAAUUAAUCAAUGAAGUGAGGAAAAUUCUUAAAGAAAAUUCAAGUUUUCCUUACAUCAUUUUCUCAAUAAUUUCCUUCUCUGAAAAUCUCACAAAAACUCUCGUAAUCACCAAGAAUAAAAUUCACAAUUAUGAGUUAGGUAUUAUGAAAAACUAA